AUGGCUUCUUUAUACAUGGGCUCAGCUAUCAUUUACAAAAAUGCCAUUACCCACAAUGUUCGCCUUCAAAGUCCUCGAAGGUUCAUAUGCAGAUCAUCCUUGACCAAAACGACUCCGGAUAAUGUUUCUGUUGAUGUCCUCCAUCGACGCUCCGGUAACUAUUCGCCUUCACCUUGGAACCAUCGUUAUCUCCUCUCCAUCGAGAAUCAAUAUGCGAAAGAAAAAAACGUGAUAACUAGAGAUUUGCUGAAGAGAAAAGUGAGGAAGAUGCUUGAUGUUGACACAAAGAGUAGUCGUCUCGAGCAAUUAGAGCUCAUUGACGAUUUAGAAAAACUUGGGGUUUCGUAUCAUUUUGAGGGGAAUUGA